AUGGCCAAGUCCAAGAAUCAUACAAAUCAUAACCAAAACCGCAAGGCUCAUAGGAAUGGAAUUAAAAAACCGAAGAAGUUCAGGCAUGAAUCCAGUCUUGGUAUGGAUCCCAAAUUCCUGAGAAACCAGCGGUUUUGCAAGAAAGGUAACCUUAAACCUGCCAAACAAUUAGCUAAAGCUGCAGAGAGGAAAGCGACGCGAGAAGCUAAAGCUAAGAAAUGA